GUUGCAGCCCUCCAACACAAUAGACCCUUAACAGGCUUGGCCAUUGUUCGUUUCUUUCGCAGCGAUUGGCUGGAUCUAGUCUAUCAUACGAUUGUAUGAAGGAUCAAUCACUACGGGGGUCACCCGACAGAUGCGGAACCUCUCCACGCAACCCUUCGGGUCAUAUGCAGAGUACGUUUUCCUAAUGACUCUUACAAAGACUGUACAAGACCUAGGACAGCAUCGGAGUUUUCUGCUCUCAUCUCCCUUCCUUCCUUGACGGUCAGUUUGCUCGAGUUUUGACGUCGACCAUGGCCGCGCCGCCUCUCCCUGACGGCCUCAACUACAUCGCCGCCAUCAAGCCUGCAUUGCAAGACAUCCUCAUCAGCCAGUCCUUUCUCGUCAUCCUCCUUCCUUUGUCUAUCGCACUUUGGAUAUUCUCGACCGAACGGACGAGAAGGCAGCCGGUGUUUAUCCUAAAUGCGGUCUCCAUUGCGUUGGCGAUCACGGUGGGUGUGAUGUUGGAUUGGCGAUCGUACCAACUCAUGGUCAACCCAACAAAGACCUACCCACUCUCCUUCAACCUCGCCAUCUCCAUCCUCGGCGUCAUCCAAGCCAUCCUCGUCGACACGAUCCUCCUCCUCCGCCUCAUCUCCGUCUACCCCCUCUCCCUCAUCGGUCCCACCCGCUUCAUCUCUCUCGUCACCCUCCCCAUUGCACUCAAAAUCACGCGGUUCAUCAAUUUGGUGCUUAUCAUCAAGAUGUUGGCGGAUGGGGCGAAGCAGCCGAAUGCGGAGGAGGUGUUGCAAGUGGAGUGGGCUAGUGCGCCGUACGUGAAGAUUGAGUGGUUCGCGGAGCUGUUUGAUGUCACGUAUGCUUCUGCAUUCUUCAUCUACAAGAUCUGGUUACACCGCAAAGAACGUCGUUCAGUCGGAACUGGGUCUUCACGCAGUUCAUUUACCCGCCGCCUCCGCCACGUCUUCUGGAUCGCCCUCACAAACUUCGUAAUCCCCGCCCUCUUCACCCUCGUCCAAAUCAUAGUCGUCUACUCCGGCGCAGACCCCACGACCCUGAACGACAUCGUCCUCGUCAACACGAAUCUCGCCGUCGUCGGCGUCGUGUUCGCGUCAAUCUGGGCGGGUUCGUACUCGAGGGGCUGGCGCGGGUCGAGCGACACGUAUACGGGACCGGGACAGGCGUAUAGUCCGAGUAUGAGGGAGGAGAGGGGAUUGUGGGGGUGGGGAUGCAUAUUAGUGCGGGAGAGAGGAGCAUGCGGUUUGCGACGAGGGGGACGGUUUUUAGUUCGACGACGGAGACGCCGAGGGAGUUGA